AUGCAUCUCGGGCUCCUCUGUGUCCUCGCCGCCGUCUCGGGAGUCCAGGGCUGGGGCUACUACGGCUGCGACGAGGAGCUGGUGGGGCCCUUGUAUGCGCGUUCGCUGGGCGCCUCCUCCUACUACGGGCUCUUCACGGCGCCGCGCUUCGCCCGGCUGCACGGCAUAAGUGGAUGGUCGCCGCGGAUCGGGGAUCCGAACCCAUGGCUCCAGAUAGACUUAAUGAAGAAGCACCGGAUCCGAGCCGUGGCCACCCAGGGCUCCUUCAAUUCUUGGGACUGGGUCACACGCUACAUGCUGCUCUACGGUGACCGCGUGGACAGCUGGACACCCUUCUACCAGCGGGGGCACAACGCGACCUUCUUCGGGAACGUGAAUGAGUCCGCGGUGGUGCGCCACGACCUGCACUACCACUUCACCGCGCGCUACAUCCGCAUCGUGCCGCUGGCCUGGAACCCACGCGGCAAGAUCGGCCUGAGGCUCGGCCUCUACGGCUGCCCUUACAAGGCCGACGUGCUGUACUUCGACGGCGACGACGCCAUCUCCUACCGCUUCCCGCGGGGCGUCAGCCGGAGCCUGUGGGACGUGUUUGCGUUCAGCUUCAAGACGGAGGAGAAGGACGGGCUCCUGCUGCACGCCGAGGGCGCCCAGGGCGACUACGUGACGCUGGAGCUGCAGGGGGCGCACCUGCUGCUGCACAUGAGCUUGGGCAGCAGCCCCAUCCAGCCGCGGCCCGGCCACACCACGGUGAGCGCCGGCGGCGUCCUCAACGACCAGCACUGGCACUACGUGCGCCUGGACCGCUUUGGCCGCGAUGCCAAUCUCACGCUGGACGGCUACGUGCAGCGCUUCGUGCUCAACGGCGACUUCGAGAUGCUGAACCUGGACACGGAGAUGUUCGUGGGGGGCCUGGUGGGCGCGGCGCAGAAGAACCUGGCCUACCGGCACAACUUCCGCGGCUGCAUGGAAAACGUCAUCUUCAACCGCGUCAACAUCGCCGACCUGGCCGUGCGGCGCCACUCGCGCAUCACCUUCGAGGGUAAGGUGGCCUUCCGGUGCCUGGACCCCGUGCCGCACCCCAUCAACUUUGGAGGCCCCCACAACUUCGUGCAGGUGCCCGGGUUCCCGCGCCGCGGCCGCCUCGCCGUCUCCUUCCGCUUCCGCACGUGGGACCUCACGGGGCUGCUGCUUUUCUCCCGCCUGGGGGACGGGCUGGGCCACGUGGAGCUGAUGCUGAGCGAAGGGCAGGUCAACGUGUCGGUGGCGCAGCCUGGCCGCAAGAAGCUGCAGUUCGCUGCCGGGUACCGGCUGAAUGACGGCUUUUGGCACGAAGUGAACUUCGUGGCACAGGAGAACCACGCAGUCAUCAGCAUCGACGACGUGGAGGGCGCGGAGGUCAGGGUCUCCUACCCACUGCUGAUCCGCACAGGGACCUCCUACUUUUUUGGGGGUUGUCCCAAGCCGGCCGGUCGGUGGGGCUGCCACUCCAACCAGACGGCCUUCCACGGCUGCAUGGAGCUGCUCAAGGUGGAUGGGCAGCUGGUCAACCUGACCCUGGUGGAGUUCCGGCGGCUCGGCUACUACGCCGAGGUCCUCUUUGACACGUGUGGCAUCACCGACAGGUGCCACCCUAACAUGUGUGAGCAUGACGGGCGCUGCUACCAGUCCUGGGACGACUUCAUCUGCUACUGCGAGCUGACAGGCUACAAGGGGGAGACCUGCCACCAGCCUUUGUAUAAGGAAUCGUGCGAGGCGUAUCGGCUCAGCGGGAAGACUUCUGGAAACUUCACCAUUGACCCUGAUGGCAGCGGCCCCCUGAAGCCAUUUGUAGUGUACUGUGAUAUCCGAGAGAACCGAGCGUGGACAGUUGUGCGGCACGACAGGCUAUGGACGACGCGGGUGACAGGUUCCAGCAUGGAGCGGCCCUUCCUGGGGGCUGUGCAGUACUGGAACGCGUCCUGGGAGGAAGUCAGUGCCCUGGCCAACGCUUCCCAGCACUGUGAACAGUGGAUCGAGUUCUCCUGCUACAAUUCCCGCCUGCUCAACACGGGAGGAGGCUACCCCUACAGCUUUUGGAUCGGCCGAAAUGAGGAGCAGCACUUCUACUGGGGAGGCUCACAGCCCGGGAUCCAGCGCUGUGCCUGCGGCCUGGACCGGAGCUGUGUGGACCCUGCCCUGCAUUGCAACUGCGAUGCCGACCAGCCGCAGUGGAGGACCGACAAGGGACUGCUCACCUUCGUGGACCACCUGCCGGUCACGCAGGUGGUGGUGGGGGACACGAACCGCUCCACUUCCGAGGCUCAGUUCUUCCUGAGGCCCCUGCGUUGCUAUGGCGACCGAAAUUCCUGGAACACCAUAUCCUUCCACACCGGGGCCGCGCUGCGCUUCCCCCCAAUCCGUGCCAACCACAGCCUGGACGUCUCCUUCUACUUCAGGACCUCGGCCCCCUCCGGCGUCUUCCUGGAGAACAUGGGGGGCCCCUACUGCCAGUGGCGCCGACCCUACGUGCGGCUGGAGCUCAACACCUCCCGGGACGUGGUCUUUGCCUUUGAUGUGGGCAACGGGGACGAGAACCUGACGGUGCACUCGGACGACUUCGAGUUCGAUGACGACGAGUGGCACCUGGUCCGUGCUGAAAUCAACGUGAAGCAGGCCCGGCUCCGCGUGGAUCACCGGCCCUGGGUGCUGCGGCCCAUGCCCCCGCAGACCUACAUCUGGCUGGAGUACGACCAGCCCCUCUACGUCGGAUCUGCGGAGCUCAAGAGGCGCCCCUUCGUGGGCUGCUUGAGGGCCAUGCGUCUGAACGGGGUGACUCUGAACCUGGAAGGCCGUGCCAAUGCCACCGAGGGCACCUCGCCCAACUGCACCGGCCGCUGCUCCCACCCCCGCUUCCCCUGUUUCCAUGGAGGCCGCUGCGUGGAGCGCUACAGCUACUACACGUGUGACUGUGACCUCACAGCGUUCGAUGGGCCGUACUGCAACCGCGACAUUGGCGGCUUCUUUGAGCCGGGCACCUGGAUGCGCUACAACUUGCAGUCGGCCCUGCGCUCUGCGGCCCGCGAGUUCUCCCACAUGCUGAGCCGGCCCGUGCCAGGCUAUGAGCCUGGCUAUGUCCCCGGCUACGACACUCCCGGCUACGUGCCUGGCUACCACGGCCCUGGGUACCGCCUGCCCGAGUACCCCCGGCCUGGCCGGCCCGUGCCCGGCUACCGCGGGCCCGUGUACAACGUCACGGGCGAGGAGGUGUCCUUCAGCUUCAGCACGAGCUCGGCCCCUGCGGUCCUGCUCUACGUCAGCUCCUUCGUGCGGGACUACAUGGCCGUGCUCAUCAAGGAGGACGGGACCCUGCAGCUGCGCUAUCAGCUGGGCACCAGUCCCUACGUGUACCAGCUGACCACGCGGCCAGUGACCGACGGGCAGCCGCACAGCGUCAACAUCACCCGGGUCUACCGCAACCUCUUCAUCCAGGUAGACUACUUCUCCAUGACAGAACAGAAGUUCUCACUGUUGGUGGACAGCCAGCUGGACUCACCCAAGGCCUUGUAUCUCGGGCGCGUGAUGGAGACAGGAGUCAUUGACCCAGAGAUCCAGCGCUACAACACCCCCGGCUUCUCGGGCUGCCUGUCUGGUGUUCGAUUCAACAACGUGGCUCCCCUCAAGACCCACUUCCGCAGCCCUCGGCCCAUGACGGCAGAGCUGGCCGAGGCCCUCCGCGUGCAGGGCGAGCUGGCCGAGUCUAACUGUGGGGCCAUGCCACGGCUCGUCUCCGAGGUGCCGCCUGAACUCGACCCCUGGUACCUGCCCCCAGACUUUCCCUACUACCAUGACGACGGCUGGGUGGCCAUUCUGCUAGGCUUCUUGGUGGCCUUCCUGCUGCUGGGACUGGUGGGGAUGCUGGUGCUCUUCUAUCUGCAGAACCACCGCUACAAGGGCUCCUAUCACACCAACGAGCCCAAGGCCACCCACGACUACCAUGCUGGUGGCAAACCUCCCCUGCCUGCCACAGGCGCCGCCCAGGCCCCUACCCCUACACCAGCUCCCACCCAAGUUCCGACCCCCGCUCCUGGUCCAGCCCCGGCCCCGGCCCCUGGCCCUCGGGACCAGAACCUACCCCAGAUCCUGGAGGAGUCCAGGUCAGAAUGAGUCAGAAGGGCUUCGGGGGCCAAGUCCAAGUCCUCGGAAUCCCCCAGUCCUCGCCUCUUCCCCACCCCAUCAGGGACACUUGGCUCCACGUAGCUGGCUCUGCUUAUCCAGACGCCCCUGCUGUCAGGUCUGGUGGGCAGAGCUACAGAUGGGACCAAAAGGAGCGGCCGAGCCUCACUGCCUACCCCACCGCGCUGCUUACCCCGGCCUCCCCGGGCCCCUCGGGGCAGGAGAGGCCCUUCCAGCCAUCUCUGUCCCAGCUGCUGCCAGGGAUUAACAAGAGUUCCAGGGAGAGGAAGCGCCUCCCUCCCCAGACUCUAUCAGCAGGGACAGAUGUGCGGCUGCAGGGCUGUGCAGGGCAGGGGGAGGAGGCUGCUAAUCCUGUCCCCCCAGACUCCCCGCCCUGCCAACCGUCUCCCACCUGCUUCCUCUCAGCCCUGCGAGGGGGGCUUCCCUGCUGUCCCCACCCCCUCGUUCUGUUUUUUGCACAGAGACCGAGAGGCCUCCGUUUAGCACCUUAGUACCUCCGCUGCUUCACCGCUUUAGCCAAAGCCAUAAAGAAUGCGCGAUGUAGAGAAACCAAUGCACACCCCGCCUGGCCAGCCUCUGCCGUGCCCCUGCCAAGACGCACAGCCGUGGGGCCUGUCUGGAGGCUCGGCCCCUCCCCAGUGCACGAGGAGCCCUCUUCCCGCUUGUGGACGCUGCUUCGUUCGCCCAGGAGGUCCUAUUCUUUAUGUAUUUAUUUGUUGUUAAGUCUGUCUCUAGGGAAACGGUAUAUAUUAUUCUAAUUUUUUAAAUUAUUACCUGUUUAUAUAUAAAAGAAAACCCGUCAGCUGUCCUGUCCUGUGCCCAGUCUGUAGCUGGCGUCCCCUGUGUGGGACCUGCCGUGAGUCCUGCUGGUCCCUCACGCCGCUCUGCAGAGCCGUCCAAUAAAGCAGAGUGGCAGAGCCCCAGCUGUGUACGGUGCUGGCCCUGUACUUGGGAGAGUGGAACACUUUGAAGGGACUGACCCA